ACACAAAACAAAACAAGUAGAAGUCAUCAUACAUUACACACACACACAAACACCUCUUUCCCAAAUUUCACCUUCUUUUCCUAACCAUUUGAUUUGAUUCCUCCAUUAUUAUCAUUUUAAAAAAUACCCAUUUGAUUGAACAGAUGGAAAGCUAAGAACACCUACACAAAUCCCAUCAUCUCUGUUUAAUUAUUUUUUUUUCUUUGUUAUAUACACUUGUUUGUAUGUAUAUGAGACUUUAAAGCCACAAGACUCUUCUGCUGUUUUCUGGGUUUUUUAAAUCUUGGGUCUGUUUGUUGUAGAAUCUUUAGUUGAGUUCUUGCAGAAGGGGAGAAACUUUAUCACUGUACUGUAAUAUGUUGCAAUAAUAUUGAAAAAAAAUCAAGGUUUUAAUAAUUUUUUUAAAAAAUUCAAGAAAAUUUAGUCUUUUUGAGUUUUCACAUUUUUUAGAAAAAAGAUUGUAUCUUUGUAUUUUUGUUCAGUUGUUGAAGUUUCUUGUUUGAUUAAGGAAUUUAGAGAUAUGGUGAAGCAAGGACCUUGCUGUCACUGUGGUGUUACAAGUACUCCGCUUUGGCGGAAUGGACCUGAAGAGAAGCCUGUGUUGUGUAAUGCAUGUGGAUCACGCUGGAGAACUAAGGGAUCACUUACAAACUACAGACCUCUUCAUUUGAGGGCCGAACCACCUGAGAUUAUAGAUUACAGGGUUCAACGUAUGAAGGGCCUAUCCAUAAAUCAUAAAGAAGCAAAGGUUCUAAAACGAAAGCAAAACCAUGACGCAGAAGUUGCCGCUAAGGUUGCUCCUGAUCAUGGUUUCCACAAGGGUGCUCGGGAUGCUCUUGACUACAAUCCCGGAUACUUUAAGACCCUUGCUGAAGAUUUUAGUAAUAGAUCAAGUUCUGGCUCUGCAAUAUCCAACUCUGAAAGUUGUGUGCAUCUUGGCAGUGCAGAUGCAAAUGACUUGACAGGUGCCCCCCAAUCCAUUGUAUGGGAUAGUGUGGUACCCUCGAGAAAGAGGACCUGUGUUCGUGCAAAGCCAUCUCCAGUCGAAAAGCUUACUACAGAUUUAUAUGCCAUUCUACAAGAACAGACAUACCUCUCUGGGUCAACUGAAGAGGAUUUGCUCUUGGAGUGUGACACUCCAACAGUCUCUGUGGAGAUUGGACAUGGAAGUGUACUUAUUCGGCAUCCAAGUUCAAUAGCUCGUGAGGAGGAAUCUGAAGCUAGCUCGCUUUCAGUUUCUAACAAGCCAUGUCCUGCUAAUGAAGCUUGUUCACAGUUUACUACUCUUUGUAACCGUACUUUGAACAAGUUUGGUAAUGUUUCAUCUGCUGAAAUCAAGAAAAAAGGGCCGACUGGUCAGGAAAUGGAACAGGAACUAUAUAAAAGAAAGAAGGGCCAGCAAGAAAAACUAGAGAUCCUUGAGAAUCACAAAUCACCUCUAUCUUCUAUAGAUUUAAAAGAUGUCAUAAACUUUGAGGAGUUUGGAAAGCACGUAACUAACUUUGAAUGGCAAGAAUUACUGAAGUUAUUACCUUCUGUUGAUACUGUCGAACUUCCAAACAGCCUCAGAACCAUGUUUAAUAGCCUUCAGUUUAAGGAAAGCUUGUCCACUUUCCAGAAACUUCUCGCGGAUGGUGUUUUUGACCUCUCCUCAUCAGAGGUUAAUAGUGAAUUCAAUAGAUCCUUGAAGAGGCUCGUGCUUUGCAAUUUGACCAAAUCAAAUUGGGUGGAAGAAUAUAAUUUACUAAAGGAUACAAAAUGUAAAAGUAGUUUCGACAGUUCUUCAAUCGCAAGAGGAAAUGCAGCUGUUGCUCCUGCUCAAUCACCGAAUACACAAAGAUCAUGUGAUAGUGAACCUCCGAAUCUUCCAGGAAGUAAAAAAGCUGUGAACGCCAGCUAUGACAAUGAAGCACCUUUAUUCGGUCCAAAAAUCCUACUUGAGGCGCCUCGUGAUAGCAAUUCUCUUAUGCACGACUGUUUUCACUUUUCAGCUGAAAGUUCUGACCAUGAUCUGUUGCUAAACAUUCCAUCCCACAGUUCCUUCCCUCAGGCAGAACUACUCUUGCCAAACGCGGGCUUCGGUGCUCAAGCUAGUACUACUAGUAGCUAACUCUGCCAAAUUCAUGUUCUGUCUUGAUUAUCAACAAAAACCUAACUAAGCCCAACUUUUGGUCAUCGUUUGUCAUAUCGACUAAAUCCUUGGAUCUCAUUAUAUUCUGCUGCCUCAGCAUGUACAGAAGUUUGAUAAAGAGGCUUGUUGAUACUAUUUCAGUUCCUUUCUUCCAUUUGUUAAAAACUAAACAUGUAGCUAACUUGCAAGGAUAAGGGCUGGGAAUAUGAAUCUGUAUUUGAAUAGGUUGGACUUUGUUUUGUAACAUAAAUAUAUAGAUGUGUUACUUUCUGGUUUC